GACCUUCAAGUGCGCAGGCACUCCAAGGUCUGUAUUCAUUCCUAAUCUAUGCCAUAUGUCGAACAUUUCGGAUGACUACCAAGUUGGUAGUAUUUUUUGGGCCAAAGUUGGCUCGCACCCUUGGUGGCCAUGCAUGAUUUAUUAUUCACCUGAUGGAGAUUCUUACGUUAGAGAAAAAGGUCGCACAUUUGCAUAUCACGUUCAGUUUCUGGGACCCUUAGUUGAAAGAGCUUGGGUGUUCGCCAACAAUCUAAUUCCAUUCGAAGGAAAGAAAAAGUUUGAUGAAUAUGUUCAGGAAAAGCUGCAAACAUGUAAAGACAAAUCUGAAAGAGUUAAAUAUGAAAGCAAGUCAGUGGAAAGCAGUCGAAAAAUAUGGAUACAGUCUUGGAAAGAAGCUGAAAUAGCAAUGAACCUGACACCAGACGAAAGGAUUGACAAGUUUGGUCGAAUUUCCGUCAAACAGAUGUCACGAAGAUUCGAUAAAACUGAAGAGGGAGAGCUUAUUGAACUGAUGAGUAAUGUUCCACUGACCAUAGAGGAAGAAGCUGAGUCACUAGCUACCUUCCUGAAGGAUGAGAUAGAUGUUCGUAUGACGAUGAACCCGGAACUGGAUAGAAAGUGUCUUGAGGAUGAAUUACGAACACAGUGGCCUUCACUCGAUAUAGCUACAAAACGCAAGUAUCUGCAUGAUCAGCUUAGCAUAUUUGAUGAUCCUUUGCAGCGUUUAGAAAAGAAUCGUAAAUGUAAAGAGGCUGCACUUAUUAAAACCAGUGAAUCUGCAACAAAAUCUACAGAAAGUAAUAAUAAUCAGACUUCCAAGCCAAGUAGAAAAUCAGAGCCAAGAAAACAACAGUCAGAAACACAAGAAUUUGAUAUCGAAAUCCAUCGAUUGAUUGUAUCACCAGCUCAAUAUCGCUUACAACCAGUUUGUCCAGUGUGUGAGGUUUAUUCAAAUAUUCCAGGUCAAAUGUUUCAGUGUCGUGGUCCAUGUGGUCGAGUUGUGCAUCCACAUUGUAUGCGAUAUAAAAACCCACCUCCAUCAGAUAACAGCCGUCCUGAAAAAUUUCGUUGUCCUCAGUGCCUUACUGGUGAGUUCCUGUGUUCCAUCUGCGGCAAGCCAAGCGAAACAGGAUCUAAAGAUGGGGCUGGUCAGCUGUAUGUGUGUCAGGUUAUUAAUUGUGGUAGGCAUUUUCAUCGAGAAUGUCUCUCUGGGUGGCCUGGAAUUCUUACAAGACCUUCAGAUAAUGUAGUUGCACGAACUGCAACUUUUCAAAUUCUUCGUUGUCCUGCUCAUACCUGUAAUACCUGCUAUCUAGAAUCCAGUGAAACUGAUUCUCAUAUCAGAAAAUCAAGCCACUGUGAAGGACCACUUUUAGAAUGUGUUCGAUGUCCAGCAGUAUUUCAUACAGGUGAUUUAUGUACACCAGCUGGUUCGGUUGAAGUUUCGCUAUCUCAUAUUGUAUGCCCAAGGCAUUUCGAUGAAUCUCUACUAGGUUUAUCAAAUUUUAAAACGCAACACCCGAAUUGGUGUUUCCAUUGUUUUAAAUCUGGAGCGGAACGCAUUGACUGUCAAUUCUGUCCGACUACGUAUCACAAAGAUUGUUUUCAACCGUCGUUUGGUUCUUUAACUGAUGAUAAAUUUACAUGUCGGUCUUGUCGAAGCGGUUUUUUCCCAAGAUAUGCUCAAAUAAUCUGGGCGAAAAUACCACAAUUUCGUUGGUGGCCUUGUGAAAUAAUUCAUGCUCGGAAUGCUCCUAUCAAUAUAUUAAAUAUGGCUCAUCCAGAGGGUUCGUUUCCCGUACAUUUUCUUGGUUCUGAAGAAUACCAAUGGAUUAGUCGUAAUCGUGUAUUUCCAUAUGAAAUCGGUUUACAAACAACUUCAGCAAAAGAAACAAGUGGAUCAAAUAAGAUUGAAAAGGCCUUUUCUCGAUCACUACAUAGAGCUCCGAAAGCACAUGCUCUAUAUGUAAAUCAUGUGUUAAGACAAGGUCUGCCUUUGAAUUCAAUGCAUGCUGAACAACUGCCAGAAGAUGAAUUACUACCUUUGAAUAUAUUGAAUGUGAAUACAACAAUUGAACCUAGUGCUGAAGAUAACCAGUUAUCAAGUGUAUUAAAUAGUUUUACGCUAAUUGAAACAAAUAUCUAUUCUGAUGAAUGUUUAACAAAAAUUGGACAAACAAAAGCAGCUUAUGCGUCACUUACCGUGUGUUCUUGUAAAUCUGAUCCUGAUCUUGAUAAUUCAACCAGUUUAUGUUCAACCAGUAAUCAGUGUCAUCAUUUUUUGAAUAGAUUUGAAUGUACACCGAAGAUUUGUUCAUUUCAUGAUAUGGACUGUGGCAAUCGAAGAUUCUUUUCGAGGAGUAAUACAUCGAAUGAUCAGAAUAAGAAUGCAUUUACUGUUAAACGUACUAUUAAUCGAGGAUAUGGUUUGAAAUCUCUAGUAUCAUUUAAACAAGGUGAUUUAGUUAUAGAAUAUUCAGGGGAAGUAAUUGACGUAACAGAAGCUAAUCGUCGAAUUAUUGAAGCUCUUGGUGGACCGAACGUAUUAUCCAGUAUUACUUCAUCACGCAAAGGUUUUCAGCCGCUCUCUGAAACUUAUCUAGCACGUAUUAGUUCACAGUUGAAUUUAGUACUUGAUGCUAGAAAUCAUGGGAAUUUGAGCAGAUUUAUUAAUCAUUCAUGUGAACCGAAUCUAGUUGCUGAAUGUUGGACAGUUGAUGGCUAUCCACGACUUGGGCUUUUUGCUAGUCGACUCAUAGAAGCUAAUGAAGAACUGACUAUUAAUUAUAUUUGUGGUCAGUUUCUCUCAACGGGUCUAAUGGCUUUCAGUAGUCUAUGUUUAUGUGGAGCUGAUACUUGCAUAAGUACAUUACGUCUACCAACAUCAUUUGAGUUACAUGAGGAAAUCAUUAAUAAUUUUUCGCAAAGCUUACAAGUGUUGGAUAAAAGAAAAUCGAAAAUACUUGAUGAAUCGACUUUUUCAUCAGAAACAUCACCUGAAUCGAAAUCUCUAAUUAGCACAAAAUCUUGUGAAGUUUCAACACUUUCAGUCACGUCUAUCUUGUCGGCUGCAGUUUCUCAGCUUUCUACUCAGCGUAAUCGUGCACCGCUUAUCAGUCCAGCAGCAGUUGCUGCGCGAGUUGCAUCAUCUUCAAAUCUGAAAAGUUGUGAUACAAAUCACUUAUCACAAUUGAAUUUAGAAACUACUUCAGAGUCAUCUAUUGUUGGCUUUAACCCAUCUAUGCAUGAAGACUUUUGUUACAGGUGUGGAGAUGGUGGUGAAUUGUUAUUGUGCGAUAAAUCAACAUGCUCUAAGUCAUAUCAUUUAAACUGUCUUGGUAUAUAUGUACCACCCUUUGGUAUAUGGUACUGUCCAUGGCAUUAUUGUGAUUUAUGCGGUCAUCCAUCAAAUCAUUUAUGUUGGAGAUGUCCAAAUUCCUAUUGUGAAGAACAUGCAAACGAUAAUCGUAUACAAGUUGAUAAUUUAGAUAGUGAGCGUUGGGAGUUAGCUAAAUCUAGUUUAAACGAUGUUACCAACUCUUCACUAGUUUUCAGUGUGCGAUGGAUAUGUUCAGAUCAUUUUGGUUUGAAAAUUUGUGGUCCACAUUAUCGACCUAUGCUGGAUGGUGGUGGUUCGAAGUUCACGAAGAAAAGUGGAACGAAUAAAAACUCAGAUAAAAUAUCUACGGAAGGGAAACAAAAUGAUGGUGACAAUUCCUCGGCUAAACGUUCUAUCAGUGAAGAGGAAGAAAAUGAGAAUACGAUCUUUGUGACAAAUGGUCUUAUGGAUUCAAAAGCAUGAAAUAAAGCAGCAUGCUUUCAAACAAUACUCCGUUUUCUUGUGGUUGAUAAGGCAGCUAUGAACAAGUUACUUACAAGUAGUUUUAAUUCAGUCAUGUAAUAUACAGGGAACUGAUUGAGCUCAACAUAUUUUUCCACACAAACCGACAUGAAUCGGAGAGUCAUAUCAUCACCGGACAGCCGUUUCGCCCUAGUUCAAAGACUCUUCGGCGGUAGACAUCUGCGGCUUCAUGAAUCGAGUUAAAUAUCACAUUAAGCAGGUCACAACUAAGGUUAUUCAAAGAUCUACAUUUAACUAUACAAUGCAAAAUGACCAUUACCAAAUGUCACCGGCGUCGAAUUCUAGACUAACACGAAAUAUGUUUCCAGGUAAGAUGUUUAGACAGCUGGUUUCUUAUAUACUUAAGAAAUACUUUAUCUAGCACCUUUGUUUGGUCGUCAAGUACCGAAAACUUCGUAGGUUUUCCAGUAAGUGUUUGUAUUCAGGGUCACUUGAACUUUUGCUCUCUUACUGUUGCUACUCUUAUUUGAUACUUCCUUACAUUUCGAUAACUCUUUUUCACUUAUUACUUUAUUGCAUAAUGAUUAAUUUCACCAGAAUAAAAGUGAGAAAUACGGUAUUUAAAGUUGUCACUGAGUAAGCGAACCGCAGUUACCCGUUUAAUAACAAUCUGAAAAAUUGCAUUGUACCUCGAAAAGUAUAUAUGGCUCUGGAAUACAAAAUAAACUUGUUUUUUCCGU